UUCAACAUGAGUAUGCAACCUAAUCACACUCCAUGUGAAUCCGAUCGGAUGAGUAUAAUUGAUUCGACUAGUGAAGUUGGAGAAAGUGAUGCCAGCAGCAUAGAUGCUGCUUCUUUCCGAAGAAUUCAAACCUCCCAACUCUCAAGAGAACAACUUAUAAGAGAACUGGACACCAUGUAUGUUCUUUGCACACAAUACAAGUCUGAAGCCAACUCUUAUAAAAUGUUAUGUAAAAAUUUGAGAGAGGAGAAUAAAAUGUGGCGGAAAAACAGCGUCGACAUUCAAGCUCGGGCUGAACAAGAAGGGGAGUUUAUAAGCAAUACUCUAAUGAGGAAAAUUCAGGAUCUAAAGAAAGAUCAAGAAAAAAUUUCAAUUCAAUACGAAAUGGAAGAAGAACGCCUAACAAAUGAACUGACCAGAAAAAUAGAAAAAAUCCGACAGGAAAAGAAAGAACUUGAAGAGACGCUUGUAAAGGAACAUAAUAAUCACGUCAAUAUACUCCAACGACAUAUUCGAAGUCUAGAGGCCCAGGCUGCUGUCAAAGAGUCAGCUCUCGAUAAACUCAGAAGAGAUAAAAUCGACUUGGAAAAUGUAUUGGAGAAUGAACAAGAAGCACUGGUCAAUAAAUUAUGCCGACGAAUCGAUAGGCUUGAGACAGAAAAGAAGUAUUAUAAAGAGGGUUAA